UCAUCAUCAUCAUCGUACAAUGUUGAUAUUACAAUACCCUGUUUCCGUCAUUCCCUCUACUACCUCUGUGGGCUUCGACUUGAAUCGCUGCUGCUCUGGUAAUUACGUCGGUUUUGGCGGCGGCGGCAGCAGCUGUAGGGCUCUGAUAGCAGUAACAGGAGGAAGAAUAGGAAGAAGAAAGAGGUCAAGUCUGAGGGCCUUGAAGAGAAGUUGUCCAACUCGUGAGUUUCGGUCCCCAUCGAUUUCUGCAGCACUUCCCCCUCUUGAUCUAACCGAGGAUAACGUCCGACAGGUCUUAGCCGACGCUCGAACCGAGUUUGCACAGAUUUUCGACAUUUCGGUGGGAAUAACUGGAGAAGCCGAGCUCUCUGAAGUUGAUGGCCCCUUCGUAAAGAUCAGUCUCAAAGGUCGGUUCUGGCACAAACGUUCCACAGUUUUAGCCAGGCUUGGUAAUUACCUGAAGCAGAGGAUUCCCGAAAUUUUGGAGGUCGACAUUGAAGAUGAAAAACAAUUAGAUGACAGCUCCGAAAACUUCUGAGGUUGUAUAACUUUUUCUUUACUA